UAAUUAAUUAAUUUAAGUCAUCGACGUUACUUGUCCCGCCUAUUCCAGAAAUUAGACUAGUUGUUAAUUAUACGACUUUUAUUUUCAUCAUUUUUCCUAAUUUCCUCCUUUAAUCCAACAAUUUACUUGCGUUUUGUUCUUUAUUACUCCCUAAUUUCCUAAUAUUCAUAUUCAUAAAUUAAAAUUAUAUGAUCCAAUAAUUCAUUUUCUCUCUCUUUUUCAAUUAAUUUUCUCUAGAAUCUUCUCCUGCUGAUUAUUAUUGAUGAGAAUAUCAGAAAUGGGUGAAAUGGAUAUUGAAGAAUCAGAAAUUGAAAAGCUUCCAACUGAUCUUCUGUCUCAUAUAUUCCUCCUUUUCUCUUCUUUCACUGAUUUAGCUCAGGCAAGUUGUGUGUGUAAGAAAUGGAGGGAAGGGGUGAAGCAAUCAAUGGGAAGGAGACGAAGUUUGAGCUUUUCUGGAUGUAAAAUGGAUGAUGCCUCUACUUCUCGCCUUGUUCAUCUUGCCUUCUCUCUUAAGGAACUUGACAUUUCAAGGAGUAGAUGGGGUUGUCAAAUAACAGACUAUGGACUGUUUGAGAUAUCAAUGGCAAAGUGUAUUGGAAAUUUGACAUCCAUUUCAAUUUGGGGUAUGACAGGAAUCACAGACAAGGGUGUUGUACAAUUGGUCUCAAGAGCUACUUCCUUGCAGCACCUCAACAUCGGUGGAACAUUCAUCACUGAUGAAUCUCUAUUUGCCAUUGGAAACAAUUGUCUGCAUUUGAAGACUAUAGUGUUGUGGAGCUGCCGCCAUGUGACUGAGAUUGGACUUCUGUACCUCGUAAACAAAUGCAGGAAGCUGCAAUCGAUCAAUGUUUGGGGUACAAGGGUUCCCCUUGACUGCUUCAUUGGCCUGCUCACUAUCAGCCCUGCUCUACAGAUAAAACCUGUAGGGCUUCUUCCAAAUGCUGAAGCUAUUCCUGUUUGAUCUAUCCAGUUAAGUUGGCAAUUUCACUCAUUUUCUGGGUUUGUAAUACGGCUUUACUGCAAUGGCUGAACAGUAAAAAAAAAAAAAAAGCAAAUUCUUUGUACAGAUCGUUCCCUACAAAUUGUGUUCUUUUUAAAUCUGCUGAAUAAUGGCAGUGUAUCAUCUGUUCUGAAUCUCUCAGUAAAUAUUCUGUUAUCAGUAAUAAACAGACAUUUCUUUUA